AUAAGCGCUUAGCUGUGUCCGCGCUAUCACGUUGUCGAGCAGCAGCUCGUCUCGUAUCUUAAUAAUAAAUUCUUAUCUUAUUUUUAUUACAUUUAUUACAGAUCUAAAAGUGGUAAGAUAAAACUGAUUUUACGCGGGAAAUCCAAGCGCGUCCAUGCGUAAAUAUUGUUGCAUUCGCGCUUAGUUGUAAAGAUAACGAUUAAUAAUAAUUUUGUACCUUUGCAAUAGAAAAAUGUUAAAUAAAUAAAUCUAAAAUAUGAAUGUAAAAUAAAUAAAAUUUUCAAGAUAGAUAAAUAAAUUUACAGUAUAAAUAGUUUGAGAGUAAGUAUUAAAUUGAAUUGUCAAACACUUAGCAGAUUAAUCAAUAAGCUUCAUAUACUUUCAAUUGUUACAAGUAUCACGAUUCUUAUGAUAAAAUGCUUGCCAGAAUUUUUUCCAGUUUCUCGAGAAUUUAAUAUAUUAUAUAUAAAGCUGAGUAACACUGUUUACUAUCACAAUGAAUUAUCACGAGCAAAUGUUGCUCGUCAGUUGUACGUCGAUCUGUAGAAUUAUACACAAAGGGAAUAGUCAAUCGUCCGACAUAAUAAAUAAUUUCUACAUAGAUUAUACGAUUCGCUUUCGUAAUUAAACGUAAUAUCUAGUCUGAUAAGCCACGCGACUCGGAAAUAACACGCACAUAUGAUGGAAACGGAGCGACUCGAUUGAUUACAAGCCAGCGUUACAUAAUUGUUGUAAUUUCUGUCUCAGGAGAACCCGCGGAAUUUCUCUUGAAUUACAGGAGUCUGUCCUACGUUGCGAAAGCACCUUAAUUUGAACGAUUUAAACCGUACCAGAAGGAAGUUCAGAUGUUAUGGCAUAUUGUAUCUCUGUGAAUCGUUAAGCAACAUUCCUAGCUUCACAGGUGAUCCUCGCGUCUUUCUAAUGUAAAACAAUGUUAACGCUUCAAAAGUACAAAGCGCGCUUUAUCUGCAUCUCCUUUUAAUUAAUUUGUAAAUUACACAAAUUUGCAAUUCAGACGCAAGAUAUUUUAUUUAAAGAAUUUCUAUCAAGUUUUAAUUAGAUUAUUUAAAAUCCAAGACUAAUUACAUAUAUAUUAAAUUGGACCAAAGUAAUAGUGAAAAAUUGUGUGCGCGUGAGAAAAAUGCGAAAAGAAUCAGGUGAUUCUAUCUUCAUAGAAUAUCUUCGUCGAAUUAAACUCGAGGUAUUUGUGAACAUUCGGUUCUCCAAUCGAAGAAAAUGAAGAGACAAAGAACUAUUACACCGAAUUUUCAUCUGAAGUUGAGUCUAACAAUCAUCUACUUCUUGGGCACGUGGCCACCAGCCACGGGCAAGUCCCGGUUAAUCUAUCUGCUUUAUACCGCUCUUAGUUUCACCUUCGUCCUGGGUAUCUUGCUCGCCACCGAAAUAGCGAAUGUCCUUGUACACUGGGGUGAUAUGACGAAACUUGCCGCGGUUGCGACCUUAUUGAUGACGAAUUCCACCCACGCUUCAAAGGUGAUCACUCUUCUUCGUUGUCAAACGCGGAUUCAGACGCUUUUGGACGCGGCCAACAGCCCAAUGUUCAGUCGUUACGACAAGAAGCACGAAGAUAUACUAGUAAGAUACACGUGGAAGGCAAUCUUUCACCACGCGAUUUAUCAGAGUUUCGGCGGGAUUGCGGUAUUCUGUUGGGGUUUCACCCCGAUCAGCGAUUUGAUCGCCGGUCGUUCACGCAGGCUGCCCAUGGAAGGAUGGUACCCCUACAAUACGACGGCGACGCCGGCCUUUGAGAUCACCGCGGCACAUCAGGGUAUCGCUAUCAUAAUCGCUUGCUGUCACAACGUUGCGAUGGACACGCUGAUGACGGGCCUGAUCACGGUCGCCUGUUCGCAGCUGGCGAUCUUAGAGCGCAACAUCACCUCAAUUGACAAUGAGGGAAACGUCCGCAGGAUGCGGAAUAAUGACAAGGGCAAGUCGCUCGCGAUUGAAGGCAGAGUCUUGUCCUAUCAGCUGCUCAAGCGAUGCGCUGUGCAUAAUAAAUUGAUAUUUGAUUUUACCAAUGAGAUCCAGGACAUCUUUGGCACCGUCAUCUUCUUCCAAUUUCUCUCGAAUUGCGUGAUUAUUUGCCUGAUCGCCUUCAAUGUGUCGCAGAUGAAAGUUUACAUCCCGGCGGUGCUAAUCGGCAUGCUGACAUAUAUGUGCUGCAUGACGUAUCAGAUAUUUAUCUUCUGCUGGCAUGGUAAUGAAUUGCAUCUGCAUAGUAUGCGUUUAGUCACGGCUGCAUAUUCGAGCAACUGGUUCUCCAACACUGAAAGAUUCAAACGUGGCCUUCAAAUCGUUAUGACGAGGGCUCAUCGUCCACUCACUUUGAGCGCCGGUAGGAUUAUGACACUGUCUUUAAACACUUUCGUACAGAUAAUGCGAAUGUCUUAUUCGAUUUUUACGGUACUUCAAGGUUCAGCUGCUUAAUUCAUCGACACAUAAAAUUUCGUAGCUAUAUAUAUUUUCUUCAAAACUCAAAGAACGAAUUAAUUAUAAACAUUUUAGUUUAACAAUGUGUCUUCUUACAUGUAUAAAAGUAUAUAAAGCUUUUAUAUAAAAAUACUUUUUUGCUUUUGCCUUUAUUCUAAAAUUAACAGUUUUAUGUUUAAGAUCAAUAGAUUAGCAAGUUUCAAGCCAUCCUUUCCGAGGAUGUGUUCGCGAUUCGUUUAUCUAUCUGCGGAAAAAAUUUCACGGUGCAGUGCACUGGCUUACCUGGCUACAACCAACUGAUGAGUAAUGAUGAGUGAUGACCAGUGAUGACUGAUCUCAGUAUUCUCAGUUACUUGACACUUUUAUGGGCCCUUUCCAUUUAGUAACACAAGUCGAUCACUACGGCAUAGAGCUUGUAUUAUUGGAAGGGCCUUGGUGCAUCGCGACGCGCGCGGGGAGAAUCGACAAAGAGCUUCUCGUCGAUUCUCUCCGCGCGGACUCCGGCAUAUAGCAAUGGCCCCUCCAUUAAUACAAGCUCUAUAGACUACAGCGACUACGACUGUUACAAUGUUACUGCUUCGAUUCUCGCUGGUUUUUGCUCGAGGCGGCCACAUGCGAUCGCAGAUUUUUGUGUGUCCUGUUCACAUGGUGCGUCAUGAAUAAGUGCAAUAGCAUUUAAAAAAAUGAUAAAUUACAAAAUUUUAUAAUUACAAUAAUUUAUUUAUUUGCAAAAUAUAUAGUUCUUUAUAAUGCAUAAGCAAUCAUUAUUUACGUAUUAUUAAAUAUUUUGCUUAUAAAAUUUGCAACUUAAAAAAUUUUUUUUGAAUUCUAUUACGCAUUUUCAGUCAUUUUUUCGCAUCAUGUGAACAGGGCACCGAAUCGAGUGCGUCAUAGACACACACACACACACACACACACAUAUAUAUAUAAUACUCCUAUAUUAAUGUUAAUGUUUCUUGCAAAAAGAAAAUAAAAGAUACAUACCUACAUAAUUUGUAGAUAAUUUUUUGCAAGAAUUUUUCGUCCCUGGAAGAAUAAUUUUUAAUAUAAAAAUAGCAAAGUUGAAUAAUUAUGACGUUAUUUAAAUGGCUUGUAUAUUUUUAUCAAACGUUUACAAUUAUAAUUUUAUUCAACAAUGCGACAUCUUUAAUGCUACAUGUACAAAAGUAAAUUAUAUAAAAUUUUCUGUAUAAAAAUAUUUAUAAUUUUGCUUCUCACACAUCAUAGGAUAAGUAAAGGCAUUAACAAUUGUUUGACACUGAUAAAUUGUAUAUAUAUAUCACUUUGCAUUGCGUUGUUUCUAUAUUACAAUAUCAUUAAUUUAAAAAAA